UGCUAAACGCUGCUUGCUUUCUAGACCCACUGGUGGACUUUGAAUUGUAAACAUGGCGGCAACAAAUUACGAAAACUUGGAAGUUUUGGAGGAGAGGGUCCGGAAGCUAGAGGAGAAGAUAUUCGGCCCCCUGCCCAAAGAUGCGGAGUACCCUGAGGUGGUGUCUACAUUAGCCUCGCUGGGUGGACAGCUUGGUAGUGCACUAGGAACCAGAGACCGCAUGAUGAUGGUGAUGAAGAGACUUGACGAGUUGGAACGGUAUUUGGAUCCUACGUAUGGUGAAGCCUUUGAACUUUCAGAUAGCUUAAAACUAGAUCUAGUUCUAGCACGUGAAGAGCAUUUGCGCAGUCAACAACAGCAGCUGAACACCAUGAAUUCUCUCAAGACAGUACUCGACUCACAGCAUAUAGCAGAUGCUGCCACUCUUAGUGAUGAAUUGAUUCAGAUCUCAAAUAGAUUCAGUCAAGAUGAUGAAUCCUCUAAUGCCCAGAACACCUAUAUUAAGGACUUACUUGACCAGUACAACACAAUUAUUAGCAGCUUAACUGAAGCAUUUAUCAAGAUGGAUGAGAUUGUGACAAAAGCUGAAAUUGCUGCCCUCCCUAAGAAGACUGAAGAUUGAGAGCAAUACUUAUGUUUAACUUUUGUUUUGUAAGAGCAUUUUUCCAUUUAUAUUAUGGUUAGUGGAGGUUGUAUGUGGCAUUUUAUAGCCAUUUUACAGUGCAAAAUUGCUGUUAACACAUAACUGAUAUUUCAUGAUACUUCACUUACAUGCACUGCACUGUCUAUAGAGCUUGUUUAAGUAUGUCUAGCACAUAGACAAUUUUUGGUCCACAUGUUUAUGUAUCCUUUAAUAUAUUUUAAUUAUAAGAAUAUUCAUCAAUAAAUUUCUUUAUUUAU